AUGAACGAAAAUCUAUUUGCCUCUUUCAUUACCCCAACAAUUGUAGGAAUCCCUAUUGUGAUUCUAAUCAUUGCAAUCCCUAGUAUUCUAUUCCCUUCACCCACCCGUCUUAUUACCAGCCGAUUGACUUCUUUACAGCAAUGACUCAUUCAACUAGUAUUAAAACAACUAAUAAUGAUACACAGCAUUAAAGGACGAACCUGAUCACUUAUAUUAAUUUCACUAAUCCUAUUUAUCGGAUCAACCAACUUACUAGGUCUAUUACCCCACUCAUUCACCCCUACCACUCAACUAUCAAUGAACUUAGGCAUGGCCAUUCCACUAUGAGCUGCCGCAGUCAUUACAGGCUUUCGCCAUAAAACAAAAAUAUCCUUGGCCCAUCUACUACCACAAGGAACACCAGUUCCCCUUAUCCCUAUACUAGUAAUUAUUGAAACCAUUAGCCUUUUCAUUCAACCUAUAGCAUUGGCCGUACGAUUGACAGCCAACAUUACAGCAGGCCAUCUACUCAUACACUUAAUUGGCGGAGCCACCUUAGUAUUAACCUCAAUCAGUCCUGCCACUGCUUCAAUUACAUUUAUUAUUCUCAUUCUCCUUACAAUCCUUGAAUUUGCCGUCGCCCUAAUUCAAGCCUACGUUUUUACCCUACUAGUUAGCCUUUAUCUACACGACAACACCUAA